GUUUUGUGUGCGCUUGCGCCAGCUGCUUGGCGUUUCCCGCCUUUUCCUUUUUGGGAUACGCCCUUCUCUCGUCUCCUUUCCCGCUCGCUUCAACGGCCAUCUGGAGAGCUGAGGGAGAAGCUGGCGCCAUUUUGUCGGCACGAGCGAUUCAGGGAAGGGCGCGAACAACAACAACAACAAAAGAUGUAAGAUGUGGAAAACAGCGGCGGAAGCCGUCAGAAAUUCAGGCAGACCUGAGGCAACCCUGAAACCUCCGUGAUAUACUUAUACCGUUAGUAGCCUCGUAGCCGGAAAUGGGCAAGGAAUGAAGCAAGAACAAGCUACGGAUGGUUCAAUUGGAGCUGGAAGAGGAUGUUCCAAUAUGUCAUACCUGAAUCCAGGAAUGGGAAAUGCUGAUACUCUAAUUGCAGAGACAUCACAGCAAGGUUCUCCUCAAAUGGGAGGGCAGGCGAGCCUGAGAGGUCCACAGCCUGGAGCAAUGAACAAGGAUGAUGACUUGGGCAUUGCCUGCAGUAACACUGAAAACCCUGAGCACAAUAUGGAGAAACCGGGCCUCGGUAUUGAUGAUGAGAGCAACACCCAACAGGCAGCCACCACUCAGAGUCAUGCUGAUUCACAUCACCUGGCUAUCCAGUGCUGCAUCCGGUCUUUAGUUCAUGCUUGCCAGUGUCACACUGCCAACUGUUCAGUGCCAUCUUGUAAAAAGUUUAAGAGUAUUGUCCAGCACACCAAAAGAUGCGAACGCAAAACCAAUGGAGAGUGUCCAACUUGCAAAUAUGUCAUUGCUCUUUGCUGCUACCAUGCUAGUCACUGCCAGGAGAGCAAGUGCCCAGUGCCAUUUUGCCUAAAAAUCAAACAUCAACUUUGUCAGCAACAGCUUCACCAUCGCCUACAACAGGUCCAGAUGCUCCGGAGAAGGAUGAAAGCAGCCGGAGGAUGAAGGCAUAGUAGGACAACAGCAAGGGUUGCCUUCAACAAUAGUUUGUUUUAAAAAAACAACAACCUGAAAUAGGGGAUGUUACGGACGGACGGACAUGAGAUAUUUGCAUGCCCGCCGCUGAUUGGUUGUUUCAGCAGCAGGAAAAUUAAAGCACUGUCAGUGGCCAGCUUGCAUGUCGAUGCUCUAUAAAGAGCAAGGCUUGGCGGCUGCUGAUCAGUUCGUAUUCUUUUUGCUGAUCAAUAAAGAGCUGAAGGCUCUUCCUUGCCUCGAUCUAAUACUGACGAAGAAGGUGGGAUCUCAGGAAGGACAAGGGAACUGACCAGCACCUCGUGGCACGCCGCGGCCAUCUUAUCUAUCAGAAUGACUUCCAUUGGCCAACCUGCGAUGGCUGCCGAGGCCGCACCCGCCGUGGCAACCUACGAUCCACGGAUGGAAGAAUGGCACACUUACAUGAGCCACUUCAGGACAUUCCUGCAAGCGAACAACCAUCAAGAUUUACUGGAUGACCGCAAACGAGCCAUUUUCCUAACUUACUGCAGCCCAAAGUGCUACAAGAUGGCACAAACUCUAGUCUCACCCGCCGACAUUGAAUCCAUCUCGUGGUCAAUGCUGCAGAGUAAGUUUCAGGACCACUACAUGCCAGCAGCCACUCCCAUGGUCAACCGGCGUGAGUUCUACCAGCGGUGCCAACAAGAGGGGGAAACAAUGACUUUGUGGCAGACCUCCACGAAUUCAUAAACCCAGAAGAGAUGAUGAAAGACUGUAUCCUCCUGGGCAUGGGAGAUCUAGCUCUCCAAAAGAAACUGAUGGGGUGAGGCAAGGGGUCUCCUUCAAGAGAAAGCAAAGGUGGCCAAAACUUCAGACACCUCGACCGCGGACACCAAGAGGACCAGCGGAGUGCACCGGAGCUACCGUGAGCCCGAAAAUCUGCUUGAAUUUUUAGAGGAGGAAGAUGAGGGGGUCGAUGACACCGUAAAUCAUACUCACCCAGACCGACGAGGAAGCCACAGAGACGGGGACACCCAACAACCCCAUUGCUCAGGCUGCCUGGGUUUCCACACAAGAUCAUUGUGCCAGUUUAAAGAAGCAAUCGCCAAGGCAUGUUGGGCAACCCAGCCCAUUCCACCCUCCAGCAGACUGCCAACAGCACCCAGAAGACAGGGACCAGCCAAGCAAGGGUUUCCGCAGAACCGACUCAGAGAAGAUGCCUACCCAGACCACCGAGAAAUUCAUCAAACCACUGUGGGACACUCCGAGGCCUGCGACGGAGAUAAAUUCCACGUGACCAUCUCCAUUGAGGAGAGCCCAUGCCAAACAACUGGACACAGGGUCAUUCUUUACCAUCGCUUCAUGGCCUAAGGCAACUAAACCCAAGACUAUCCAAAAAGCAGCUAAAGCCGCAAAGAAUCAGGCUGAAUGAUUUCCAAAGCAAUCCCAUCCCUGUGCUGGGCAGAGCAGAGGUCGGAGUCGAAUUCAAAGAGUUCAGUGGCCAUUUACCCCUAACGGUUGUCUCCAGCAAUCACCCCAUGUUGCUGGGCAUUGAUUGGUUCAAACCACUCAACGCCCAGGAUUUUCUGUGUCAGGCUCUGAGCUUACACUUCAAGUGUUAAAAUUUGUCAAUGUAGAAAAGAAAAUGUUUUUGCAAAUAUAUGGCAGCUGCCGCCAACUGGA